AUGCUAUUGCUUGUCACGACAUUUUUCUGUUUCACUCUUAUUUCUGCCAAUUCUGAUCAUCAACACAAAUUUCUGAGGAGUCGAAGGCAAUACCCAAUGACACAUUGGCCACCGCCGAACGCGACAAGAACGAGAUCCCUCUCGAACACGUAUGCCACUGACGGGGAUGAGACGGCGAAUUCGCAGAUUUACAAUUUGUUGACAAGGACGAUUACACAGGGUUUUACAACGUGGAGAAUAAAGCAAUUCAACGACCGCGUUUGGUUGGAUCGAUACCGACGGAGUUUUUGGUUCGGACAGCGAUAUUAUCGAUUGGAUAACCGCUACUGGCUGGAGACGCGAGACACGUGCGCGUAUGAGCUCGAUCCGGUCGCGAAGUCGCAACUCCACUACGAGGAGCCGAACCCAGGGUCGACGAAUAUUCAAAUUCACGAGAUCAUCUAUCAGUGCCAACGCUAUGUGGAGUACUGUUGCGGGUUGCGGUGUUGCCGAAACGAGGAUCUCUUCAAGAAGCCCGAGAAGCAAAGACACAUGCGCAACCCAUGGGAUUACGGUAGUGAAGUCGCUUCGAUUUUCACAUCGAAAUUUCUCCUUUUCCCGAUGAUCUCAUAUCUGUUUUUGAAU